AUGACGGAAGUCGAGAAUUCCGCGGUCCCUGCCGGUGCUUCACCGGGACCGCGUGUCUCCUUCAAUAGGGACGUGCACGUCAAACGCAUCGGGCCCCGGCUCGACGGUUCCCGUGGAACCUCCGCGAACGGAACAGUUCGCAAGGAACUACCGGACAACCUGUCGCAAGAAGCGUUACGCCGGGAGGCUGAGUUCGUUCUCGCCCAGGCAGAUAGAAUCGACCGAAACGCGUCCAAGCAGCAGCAACAGCAACAUCCGGAUGUUCUAGGAUCGGCCCGGUUUAACUCGUUGCCGUCGCGCUCGAAAUCACGAACAAAAAAGGUCACACGUUCGGUAAGCGACGCCGCAUCGAAGAAACCCGCCAAGAGUCUACUGAAUCUAUUUGGCCGCAAGCAACCGGAAGAGCAUGGUACAUUGAAACCACCACCCGGGUCUGAUAGAGUAGAACCGUCGGGCAGGAGUACCCUUGGAAGGAGCAAAAGUGAUGUCGGCAGCUCAAACACCGGGCGGACUCUCGUGAAGCAGCGUAAGGUACCGCGCAGGGUAACGCAGGAGAUCCAAGUCUCGAAGAAACCUGACCCACUAACACCGAUCAUCGAAGCGUCCCCACUUGAGUACACGCACCAGACCGACCCGUUGACGGCGUUCGUACGUCGUGGACUGCGAGCCGUCUCGGAAGAGCCAAAACCCUCGCCGAGAACGAUCGCCACCAAACCAAGCGUUAUGGAAACGAUCACACUACUGCGCACGUCGAACACUGCCAAGUCUCAGGAGGCACUCCACAGCUCACAACUCCCACCGGAGAAACCACAUCUCACCAAGGGCGUCACGGUGGAGAACAUCGUGAAGCGGCUGUCAAGUGAACGUCACACGUCACCACCACCGGCUCAGAUCGUAGGAGGCGGAUUUUCGUACACACGCGGACCAGGUGAACCGAUCGUUUACGCGCAGGUCGUCGCCAACGAGGCAGGAACACCGAAGCACACCACCAAGCACCAGCAUUAUCCCUCAACCGAGGACGAAGAUCCCACCAGUUCCACCAUGUGGACGACGGCCAGCAGCAAGAUGAGACCGACAACUGGCUUCAUCGACACAACGCAACGACCCAGUCCACCGUUGCCGAAAUACCGACUGGAUGAAACGGACCAAUCACCACACGCAACGAAGGUGUUCCGGCGCAAGCUGCUCACAAACAGCGAUGAGGACGAAGGACUUGGGAUUGAUUAUUCCCAGAAACAGCAGCAACAGCGCUACACCUCGUCUGCUUAUGUGCACACGACGAGCCGUACGGAGCAAACAUCUCCCAAGUCGUUCCUCACUAAUUCGGACGAAGAUCCAGCGAUUGUACCGAGCACGGUGCGAUUGACGCCAGUCGAGAAGAACUUCGCCAAUAGCUACAAUGUGCAUUACCGCGGACAGGCCGAUGGUAAGGAACACCUGCCAGAGUUCCACGAGCUCAGUCAGCGUCGCGAGAUCCUGGAAUCGCGUAUACGAUCGCGCAUCGGUUCGCGUGAUCUGCUCGAUCGGAUGUCACCGGAACGAAGCGUUCCGGUUCCGAUCCAACUCCAACCGUCUGGGACGACACACCGGACAAGUAGUAGCAGCAGUACGAGCCGGUAUCGUACAACCUCAGAACGCCGCUCGGUGGAUCGGUUACUUGAUCGCCACGAAUCUCCAGUGCGAACUCCGGGCACCUACCGGGAGUCAUCGUCGCAGGACCGCAGAAACUCCCGCGGGUAUGAGACGUUCGUCACGAAAACCGUCGUCAAUCGGGAUGGGAAACCUGUCUCAGAGGAGUAUGUCGAGCGGUAUAAGUACCCGGGCGAGAAUGUGGAAGCCGUCACGACCUCGAGGACGGUGUAUGAUCGCGAGGGUUCGACGGGACGUACGGAAGUUCAGCGUUUCAACCGCUUCGUCCCUGAACAGGGUACGGCAUCUAGCAGCUAUACGCACCGCACUAUCACCGACAAAGGGGACUCGGGCAUUGAGAAUGAUUUCCGAAAGGAUUCAUUCAAUCAGGAGUUCAUUUCGGGAACCAAGUUUACGCUGACACAAAACAUCCGCUCGUGCGAAGACUUCCUGCGGAUGGAGCGGACCCACACGAACAGCUGCAUGCGAAAGCCGAAGAAAACGCACGUGUACCGGGAACGGAGCAUCGAUGAUGGAUCACGAUACGAUCCACGUUUGGAUGAGAUCUCGACAAGUCGCAGUUAUUCCCGCGAUCCGUUAAAGUCUUCGCUCAAGACCGAGAAGAAGUCCGGUGGACUCGCCAAGGUAAAGCAGUUCGUCAGCUCAACCCGGAAGAAGCUCGUCCGCAUGGGCACGGAGUCUGCGGAGAAACGUGACCACUCGCGUGCUGGCAGCCUGCGUUCUGAUGGUGUCGAUUCGCGUGUUCCCGACAUCGCCACCAGGCGUCGUUUGUCUACACCGAAAUCUAGCCCAUCCUCAGCGAAGCGAUCGUUAUCGUUUAAGAGCUCCAAGCUAUCGGGUGGUCAGAGUGUGUCGUCGCCUUCACCAACGGAUGGAUCUGCUAAACCUGCGUCCUCCCGAUCGGAGUGGUUCAAGUCGUUCGAUCGGCUGUCACGCAAGAAGUCCAGCUCGAAGCCGAGCCUCAGCACCGACGCAAAGUCGCCGCCACCGAAGCAAGCGAAGAGUUUGCGCUUUUUCGGCGACACCGAUACGGAGCUUGGCGAUCAGAAUGUGCCACCGUACAGAUCGGCACGGAGUAAUCUCUCGAAAACGGACAAGAAAUAUCGCAGUGCGUACGAUCUGGAUACGGCCCCAAAAAUGCGCGAACCGGCUCGCAACCGUUCGUCCUCCUUGCACAACCUCGACGAGGAAGACGAGGAGUUAAGCCUGCGGGGCAAGGAUUAUCGCUCGGCAGAGCACACGAGCACGUUCUACCGUGCAAGAUCGCCAUCACCGUCGGACUACCGGCAGGACCGCAGGACUCCGGAACGCUCUGCAAGGAAAGCAUAUCACCAACGCUCACGAGAAAACAGCGUUGAUCUGGUGGACGGUGAGCGAUCGCAGACGCCCGUUCAUCACCGUCCCGGAAGUCGUAGCCGUAGCGAGCACAAGAAGCCACCAUCAGGACCGCAAAAACCGGCACGAGCCUUCGAGCGUCGGGACAGUUUGAACAGGGACAUCGAGCGCAUUCUGGAUAGUUCGGGAACAGAAGGUGAAUCUAGUCAGCAAAGCCAGCGCAGUGUAGUCUUUCUUCAUGCCACCACUGUAGGUGACAUUCCACAUCCGCAAAUCGCAAACGCUCGCCGUCGGGCGUACUCUCGCGAAUCGUUGAACAAUUCGGUCGCCUCGUCGAAAAAAGUGCAACCGAUGACACGGACCGUUUCGCGUUCGAUAUCGGUGCUGGCUCCGUGGAAACCGAAAAACAUUCGGGAAGGAUACGAAAUCGACUACCACAAGGAUCAGCAUCAGGCCAAACCGAUCUCAACCCUGCCACGGUCCGGCAUGGCCAGUCGACAAUCAUCCGGGAGCCAGUCUACGCUCAGCCGAACGAAGCACCGCUCCUUGUCCGGGCGGGAAGAUCCGGACUCGGAUAAAAGCUCCUCGUUUGAGCAUUCCAGGCGCCCUAGCGCGGACCACCACCAGCGGCGCUCGAGCGGAGGAUUGGCCACACCAUACGCUUCCACCACACUGCCGAGCUCCAGGCGCAUGAAGGACUCGAUCGCUGCACAGUAUCCUUCGCGCACCGGGAGUAGCAGUUCGACGUUAAAGUAUCGCCGAUAGACGUUGGAGACGCCCUAACACUUAGACUGCAGUUAAUGUUUACACGUAUUAAUCAAGUCUAGCUCGGACGAUCGUGGAUAUCGUUUUACAUUCGUUUUUACCCACGAAUGUACAGUGGGGUAGUAAAUUAAUGGACACAAUGAAUUAAUCUUCUGCACCGCACGUGCAGACCGUGCGAUAUUCCAACGAUGCCAAUGGUUGCCACGUCCAAUCGAACACACACGCGUAUGGUUUUUAUUUUCUUACAUAAUUUUACCCCGUGUUAACCAAACUGAAACAAGUUUAACAAGUGAUGAGCUCACUUACGACUGACACGACGAACCGUACACGAAGAUGAUAAUAUUUUCUGUUUAAUUUACAUGUC